AUGACCUUAACUCACUAUGCCUUCUCGUCAUCCUAUUUCAUGAGCUUUCUGGGUUUAAUUUUUUACCGAAAGCACCUCUUAUCCGCUUUACUCUGCUUAGAGGCCAUAAUGCUAAUUCUGUUUAUCUCGUUGUGCCUCUGAGGGCUGAUCUUAGCCUCAACUGUAUUUUCAGCGGGACCAAUAAUCUUACUUGCCUUUUCUGCAUGUGAAGCAAGCGCAGGCUUAGCCUUAUUAGUGGCCAUAGCUCGCACCCACGGCACUGAUCGUUUAAAAAACCUAAGCCUUCUCCGAUGUUAA